UUCUUCAUUUCUGAUAGUGAUUUAUCUUUUGUAUAUUUAGAGACGGAGAGUUUGAGAGAGAAAGACCAAACCAAAGAGAAAACAGAGAAGGUUAUUGAAGCUAGCAAGCUAGCUCCACAUUAUCAAUGGCUUCCAAGCUUCUUUUGAUUGUUGUCUUUGUUCUUGAUCUCAUUGCUUUUGGUUUAGCUGUUGCAGCUGAGCAAAGAAGAAGCACUGCCAAGAAUGUCCAGGACAAUGAUAUUACUUAUAACUAUUGUGUCUAUGAUUCAGACAUAGCCACAGGUUAUGGUGUUGGUGCAUUUUUGUUCCUCAUGGUUAACCAAGCCCUUAUAAUGGUUGCGAGCCGAUGCUUCUGCUGCGGAAAGGGCUUGAACCCAAGUGGUUCGAGGGCUUGGGCACUAAUCCUUUUCAUUGUUUGCUGGUUGUUUUUCCUGAUCGCCGAGACAUGCUUGCUGGCUGCAUCGGUGAGGAACGCGUACCACACCAAAUACCGGACCAUUUUCAGCGAGCAGCCUCCUUGUGAAACUGUGAGGAAAGGAGUAUUUGCUGCAGGGGCGGCUUUCAUUUUCUUGAACGCCAUUGCCAACAAGUUCUACUACGUUUGCUAUUCGAGUGCUCGGGACAAAAGCUUCCAGGCGUACGGCGGAGAGACCGGUGUCGGCAUGGGAGCCUACAAAUAACCAAGGCCAUAGAUUAUAUUUUUGUAUCAGAUUCAUAACAAUUGUUGUAUUUCUUUUUUGUCCUCCAUUCUGAAAUCGAAGUUUCUUGUAUACAUGUCAAUAACAAAAAGACCGGUGUUGGUGUUCCGAUUCGACAUUUGAUGUGUCAGUUGUGUUUUUUGAACCACUCGCAUGAUCUUCAAUGGAGUUUCUGUUGAC